AUGCCGCUAGACGUCCAUCCGGAGCAAAACGCGGCUCGUAAGAAAAAGCGGGCCUUUGCAUUGCUCACCGAAGACCCCGAUUUCCCCGCAGCCAGCUCGUGCAUCUGUAGCAGCAGACACCAGAUCUACCUCGAUACACUGUCAAGAAACGAUCGAUCGAUCGAUCAUCUCAACACCGAGCAGACCUGCUUCGAGCCGAACGAAGGCGGGCCAAAAGCCAUUCCGGUCGUGCACUCCUUCGGCGUCUCGCUGGCGAAGACGGUUGUCGCGUAG